ACAUGAUAGCAGGAGAAGGCAUACAUGCUGAAUUAAGAAACCAGAUGGGUUUUGCAGUGGGAGUUUACACUCAAACCACUGCAGCGGCAAAAGACGCUUGGCAAAUGUUGCCUGAUGCUUCCCGCAAAGAGGAACAUGUUUCUCAGAUAAGGCAGGGAGCAGAUGAACCUUUUCAGGAAUUUGUGUCUCGCCUCAACACCGCCGCAGGGCGGGUUUUUGGGCCAUCGGUUGCCACUCAGUCUUUUAUAACGCAGCUUGCCUAUGAAAAUGCUAAUUCUGCCUGUCAAGCGGUCAUUAGACCAUUUAGAAAGAAAGGGACAUUAUCUGGCUAUAUUCGCUUGUGUACGGAUGUAGGAUCCUCCUUUACCCAAGACAUAGCCAUAGCAGCAGCUAUACAAGGGAAGCCUAUGAAAGAAAUAAUGUAUCAACAGGCAAGAUUCAAUACAGGAACUCGCUCUGGGGCUUGUUUUACUUGUGGAAAAUUGGGACAUCGAGCUGCCCAAUGCCCUCGUAAAGGAGAGUCUGAGCACUCGACCGCUCCUGCAAAAAAGCCUCCAGAUAUAUGUCCUAAAUGUAGGAGAGGAAAACAUUGGGCCAGUGAAUGCAGAUCCAAGACUGAUAAAGAUGGGAGACCCAUCCAGGGAAACUGGGUUAGGGGCCAGCCCCUGGCCCUGAAUCAACAAUGUUAUGGGGCACUGCAGAUCCCAGAACAGAUGCAGGGACAGAGAGGGAACGAGCCUCUGAGAGAAAAUACAUCACGGACUUAUUCCGGGCCACCUCAGGCAGCGCAGGAUUGGACUUGUGUUCCACCACCGACAUCGUAAAAUCUGAUAUGCCUGUGUGGAUAGAUCAAUGCCCCCUUACACAAG